AUGGAGGCGCAAAGUGGAGAUGGGGCCCCCGGGGGGCAGCCUGACGCUGCCCUUGGGGCUGUGGAUGCUACUUCCAUCUUGCCCUAUUUCCUCAAGGAGAUGCAGCGACAAGAUCGCAGUACAUCGGUCCCCCGUGAGCAAACAGUGGGGCGGGGACGACGGACUGUGCGCAUUCCAUCCUUGAACGGGGGCCAGCCGGGUCCUCAGAGUAGGCCGCAUGUUGAGGGGCGGAGGGCCCCAUCAACUGCACUUCCGUUGCAAAAUGCACAGACUUGGCGAAAAGUUGACGAAAAUUCAGUUAAAGGAGAGUGGCUGGCCGCCUCUCUUGACUCCAUCGUCAAGUCAUCAGACGCUGUGCCACUGUUGAACCACCUGCGGCUGCUGACUUCUCGUUUGUUCAGCGAAAAUCAAUGGCUAAAAGCACAAGUCCAGCAGAAGGCUAAUGGGACGCGCCAGAACGUGCAGCAGGGGAGGCAACAGCCCAGGCAAAAAGCGCACGAGCAGGAGGCAGCAAGUCUGAUGCGAAGAAUUAUGGAGGAAAAUUCCUACUUACAGAGUUUCAUAACUUCGAAUGCGCGAAUUUUGCAGAGUUCAGAGCUGGCAAAGGCCCAGAAAGAGCGCGCCGAGGCUCUAGAGAGCAACAGGAGAUUGGAGAAGCAGGCAGAAAGAGACCGACAGGUCAUUGUAGAGUUGGAGUUGAAGAGCCGCACCUUCGCUGACGCGUGUGCAUGGCUUACCAGCCACGCCAGAAUGAUCCACGCCAAAGAUGCACCCGCCCUCGUGGCUCUCUGGCGCGCGAGAGUGGCAACAGCAAGCGCUAUGGAGAAGGGGAGCGUGGUGCCAGAAUUCACGAAGGACUUGGCAAGGGCCUAUGCAGUUGCGGACUCAGAGGGAGAUGCGGAAACAUGUUCUGAAGACGGAAGCGACAAGAAGAUGAGGGAGGCGCGGUUAAUGGCUGCAGAGCUGAGGGAAGCUGAAGCAGUGAGUGAAGCGCGGCAUGCCCAGACGCAGGCCUUGCUGGCGGAGAAACGCGCGACCGUAGCGGAGCAGCGCCUUUCUGCUGCUCAAACUGAGCUAAAGGAGCUCAAGAGGGUUAUCAGAGAGGCCCCUUCAACCUGCAACAGCGCGUCACACAGUGCGACAGACGGGGAGCAGAAACUCAGCGCGGCUCUCAUUGAGAGUCAGAAAAGGGCAGAACUUGCCGAAGAAGAGUGCAGUAAACUUAGAGGUCACUUGGAAGAGCUCCAGAGUGCUCUUGAUGCUGCCGCAUCAGAGAAAAACAGUCUUGAGAAAGAGACGGCAAACGCCCUGCUUGCUGCUGAGACCAAGCUGAGUACCUUGUCGGCACACCACGCAGAGGCCAUUGAACAGUUGCAAGCUAAGCACGCCCAAGAGAUUGAGGCGAUGAAAUGCUCCGCUCGGGAGGCGACACAAUUGAGGAAGGAAGUUGAAGACAUGCACCAGCAGUGUGCAGAAUUGAGCUCCAAGCUGGCUGCAACGAACGCGAAGGCUGGCGAGGGACUUGCAAAGGCAUUGUCACCACAGAGUAUCGGCUCCCCUACGGCUUCUGAUAUACCUACGCUUACCUCAGAGCGAGACAGCUACAAGGCCAUGGCAUUAAGGCUGGAGAUGGACAUCAAGCGCCUUCACGCUAAAGCAGCAGAGGUAGCGCAGCUGGAGAAGACGGUUGCCGCUUUAAACGCAAAACUGUUGGCGGGCGAGGAACUCAAGAAGGCGUACGAGAAUCUUCAAAGCGAAACCCAGCGCCUCAGAAGUAAAGUAGGGUCGUGCAAAGUUGCUGCCAAUGGAAUAACUGGGCCCAAAACCGAGAGAACUAUAAGUGACAAUGCGGCACUGACCAAAGAGCGAGAUUGCCUGAAUGCAAGAAUCAUAUAUUUGGAAGAACAGGUGGGGAACUUGCAAAAAGAAAACGAGUCUCUAAGAAAUCAGGUUGCUGGCUUCAAGAUGGCAUCGUGCAAGGCCCUUGAAACAAAUGGCAGCGUUGGGCCAGUGCCAACCUCUGACAAAUUUUCUGAAAUGUCUGAAGAGCGGGACAUUUUGAAAACAAGGGUUAGGUUACUCGAGGAACAACUCGCAGCCGUGAACAGCAGCGUGAAAAGCCCCACUCAGGAAUCAUCGGAAUCUAAAUGCACCUCACCUUCCAAGUCAUCCUCAGAGACCGUGAAGUCUUCACAGUCCAACAAGCCACAACCGCCGGUGCCGAAGCGUAGCUUGGGUCUAUUUUCCGCUGACGCAACACUUAAUUCAGACACUUACAUUCCUUCAGAAGAGGUGGGUGCAAACCGGCCAUCCAGAGUCUCGGAACUUCGUCCCGCCAAAGCGCGAAUCGGGGUCUUCCCCGCGGGGAUGUCUGAAGGCCUGCCGGCGGCCACUCAAUCCAGUGCAGAUACUGUCCCUCCUGAGACGAAGUGUUCGGCCGAAACUGCACUCCCAAAGAAAGUAGUGAUUCCCAUGAGUGGGAAGACGCUGCCUAGCGGAGAGCCGAAGACACCAACUAAGGGGCUCCCCGCGGAAACUGCACGCAGACGUGGUUCUACUGUACUUGUGUCUCAGUCUGGUGAUGAAGCUUCGUUGUUAAAAUAUUCAGGGCCCCCAGCUUCAAGGAAGCAGCCGAGUGCAUUACCACCGAUACCAGUAAAGGCAUCCGUUGCAAAGCCCUCACAGGACACAUCGGCACGGCGUCAAAGCCAGCAUAGCGCAGACAGUGAAGUCGAGGGCGCCUCGCCAAAGACCAUAGGGCUCUCAGAGGGCAAGGAGUUGCCGAAGACGUUGCCAAUGGAGGUAAUGAAGGCCACGCUGUCGGCGCCUUCACUGCAGGGUUCCACUACUGUUGAAGAACAAGCGGUGGUGGAGGCUGAGGCUGUGCCUUCUAUGCAGCUAGGACCAGCUGUGGGUAAGAAGUCGCCUGGAACACUGCAGUCAUCGAUACCCAGCGCCCUGUCUGCAAAUUCAGUUGUUUCAGGUAAAGCCAAUGGAAUUGCAGAAGGACCAGCAACUUGCGCGACUACGGCCAGUUCCGCUCUCGCUAAGGGGCCUGUUGCCUCCGUAAAGGAAGCAAAGAUUUCCUCGGUUGGAGUAACCAAGAGGCCUACCGAAGCAACAAAGGUCCCAGCUCCUCCGAAAAAGGCUCCUCCAGUGGAGUCUGCAAUGCUGCCUGAGGAGAUAUUUUCCAAAGAGGCGAAAGAGAGGCUAGAGAGAGAAAUGGCUGACCUGCGCAAGCAGGUCGCGGCAGGAGAGGAACUGAAGGCGGCUAAUGAAACAUUGCAGAGGGAGAACGAGGAGCUACAGGCUAGGCUUAAGGCAGCUGCAGGCACUUCAAAGCGUCCAGGACCCUCCAGUGAAGGGAACGACUGUGUUGAGUUACCUGACUCCGCCCCUUCAGCCUCCUCUGGAAACUACGCAGAUGUAGUUAAGCAACGCGAUAGCUUGUCAGAGAAAGUAAAGACACUGGAGCAGGAGCUCUUGAACAUUGUAGAUGCUCAUAAGGCGCCAUCAUCUAGUUCUGAAAGUCGGGAGGAGGCUGGUCCCGCAACCAAAAUGCCCCUCUCGCGUAAAGAUGCUUCUCAUUCCUCGAUUACCCUAAGAAAGGCACCUGCACAAGAAGUCUCAACAGCCGGUGAAGAAUCUGCAGCUGCAACUGCGCAGGCGCAGGCUAACCUUGACAGUCUGGAGCAGGAAGUUACCAUGCUGAGGCAACAGCUUCUCGCCCUUCAGAAACUCAAGGAUGAAAACGCAGCGCUCACAGAGGAGGCCGAGAAACUUCGAAAGGAGAAUGCAAUGCUGAAAAAGCAGAUAGAGGAGUUGAAGGCACUUCCAGAAAUCGGAGCUCGGGCGAGCAGCAGCCGCGGUGCACCAAUGACGGCUGAUGGAACUGUUGAGGUAACUAAGGAUCGAGAAAGUUUGAACAGGCAGGUGAUAGCCGUUGAGGAAGAACUUGCGGCCCCACGCACCGUGGCACAGAACUAUGUAGAUGAACGGCAGGAGCCAAAGGCUACCGCAGAUAUGAAGUCUUCCGCAGGGCGUUUGCCUGUGCCACAUACCAAGAGACCGCCGUCGCCUAUGUCGAAGCCCCUGAAGGCGCUGUCUGUUACAACUAAUGACCAAGGCACUUCCAUUCAGGAUGAGGCGACAGAGCAGGUUGUGCCAAAAGCCUUAGAACGACUCACUGCAGAGGUGAAGCCUCAGGCGUUGCCUCCGAAGGUAGCCAAGACAGGACCUGAGGCAUCCCAAACAAAGAAUGCACUUCCAGGUGCUGAGGCUGGCACUUUAUUGUCGAAGCGUGUGAGCCAUGCAGUAACGAAAAAGCUUGCUGGCGGAUUGCAGAGCAAGAACGCAGCAAUUUCUUCUCCGACACCUUCACCAGAGAACACAGCAUCUGCGCCCGAACCUGCUGCAGAGGCUGAGGAUGCGAAGCCCGGUGGCUUGGAGGCGUCUUCUGGGGCAGUCCUGCCCGAGGGAAUCCCUGCGGAUGCGAAGGCCGGUGGCUUAGAGGCGUCUUCUGGGGCAUUCCUGCCCGAGGAAAUCCCUGCUAAAGGCCCACCGGUGGCAUCGUCUCCAGAGCGAUUUCAUGCAUCGUCUAAAGGAAAGGCUGAAUCUGCGUUGCCCAAGAAGCUAGGGCAUUCGGUGGGAAAGGCAUCACCUGCAAUUCCCCAGUCUUCCGUAGACAUACCGCUUUCUCAAGGUUUUACUGUUUCAGGGGGAGCAGAAGAACAUGCAGAAGGAGCGACAGCGUCCACUGGAGGGGCCCGUGCCGUUAAAGAUGAAGGCGCUGUUGCUACCACGGAGGUAAAGGCUGUGUCGGUGGGAGGUCCCAAGAAGUUACCCGAGAACACCAAGGUCCCAGCACCACCGAAGAAGGCGCCUUCCGUGGAGCCCUUAUUGGUCCCUGAGGGAACUCAGUCAGAAUCAGCGCAGCUGAGGGUAGCACAACUCGAGGCGGAGGUGAGAACAUUCAAAUCAAAGGCUGAAGCCGCAAAAAAGCUCGAGGUCGAGAUUGAACGGAUGCGGAGGGAGGUUCUUGCUGGCGAAGAAGCGCGGAAGGCGAAUGAGAUUCUUCAGAAGGAGAUGGAGAAACUGCAAAGGCAGCUGACCGAACUGCAGACCAGGGCGCAAAAAUGUGCAGAGCCUGGAAGCGGAAAUGCACUAGAAGAACGUGAUAGGGAAACUCUGCGAGCCUCUGGAGACUUGCAGACAGUGUUGAAGGAGCGCGACGAGCUUCGGGACAGGGUGCGAGUAUUAGAAGAGAAAUUAGUUUCUACUGGCGCCAAAACGCAGUCUCAGAUGGAGCCUUUGCUUAGUACUGAGCCUCCACCAGCAGACGUCCCACGGGAAAGCCUGAACAGCAAAGAGCCUACACAGCUGCUGCGGUAUCCAUCAAAGGAACAGAAAGCUGAAGUAGCCAAGCUGAAGGCUGGUGGUUCUGUUUCCGCCGACAUAGCUACUGAGUUAAGGAAGCGGGAAGAGGACCUCAAGGCGAAAACUGCACAGUUAGAGGAAAUUAGAAAAGAGUCUCUUGAGAAGGACAAAAUAAUAAAAGAAAAGACACAAGAAGUGGAGACGCUAAGGGCUAAGCUGGAAACGCUACAAAAGGAGAAAAUGGACGCAAUUAAGGACAGCGUCGCCCUGAAGAAAGAGCUUGAGAAGCUGCAGAAGGAGUUAGAGGCUCUUAAGAAGGGAGGCUCGGCUUCUCAAGUCUCUCCUCGGCAAAAGAUGGUGACAGCAGCUGAGGAGUCGGCUGCUGUCGCUGGUAAAGCUCCAAAAAGAACUAUGAGCUUGACAAAACGAAAGCCAGGGCUCCCGCCUCCUGCGCCGAAGGCUGACCGACCAGAUCCACCAGCAGCGGCUGCUAGCGGGACCAGCGAGGAGAAGAAGGAAGUUCCUAACCUUGAGCCGAAUGAUACAGAGGAGGGGAACUCUGCAACGUCGCACAAGGAAGAACCAGGAAGGCGGCCAAGAGACAAAGUCGCAGCUCGGCAGAAGGGCGACCACACACCUGGAAAAAUGAAUGGAAGGGAAGUACUGUCGCCUAGGCAUAGAGAUCCAGACGCUGUAGAAGAAGAAGGCAAAGAAACAGUUGCUGCCGAGAAAGUCUCACCACCGAAAAGAAUAGGCUCUUGUGCAGGUAAGGAGGCCACUCUGGAAGAUGGCAAACCAGCGAUGACACGGCCGUCGUCCCAAUCUCAAAUAGACUCUUCAGCGAGAAAUAUCACGGCUCCUAAGAAAGGGGCUUUAUCUGUGCUCAAGUCCAUGGAAAAUACAAAAGUUCCUUCUAUGGGAGCAUAUCCGAUGAGAGAGCUCGAAGGCAGUGGGGCAGAGCUGACAACGGAGUUAAAAGAGAAGCUUGAGAAGGAAGUAGCGUCUUUACGAGAACAGUUAGCUGCUGCCGACGAGUUAAGGAAUCUUCAAAAUACCCUUCAAAAGGAAGUUGAGACACUACGAGGUCAGCUCAGGGCUCAAAGGGCUCAGGAGAAAGCCACUGGGACCGAGAAAGAGGCUGACAGACACAUCACGAAGGGUGACUCCGGCAAAGAAGGAGGCCUCGAUGUGGAGGAAGCGGAGACACUACGCAGAGAAAGAAAUGCUUUGAAGGAAAGAAUUGCUGCACUGGAGUCGGAGCUUCGCACCUUGAGGUCAUCAGCUGCCAAGGGGGCUCCCAGCACGAAGCCUAAGGGGGCGCCACCGCUCAAGUCGAAGCCCGCGAAGUUUGCGAUUCCAACUAAAGCGCAUACAGGCUCAAAUACAGAAGCGAAGGGUGGAGAUGAAAGCUCAGAAGCACUUGAAGGUGGAGGAGAAGUGAGGCCCCCGACGAGCCUUGUGGAUACUGAGGCGGCCAAGAAGCGGCCUCAAGACACCAAGCAACACGAUUCAGGCGCCUUAGGAACAAUGCAUCUCGAUGGAAUUCCUGAUAAGGCGAGUCUUCUGACUGAGGAAGUUCUGUCCAAGUCGGACGCAGAAACAGAAGACGGGGACUCCGGGGCUGAAAUGUCUUCUGCCGAAGAGCUUGUGGCGGACCUAACAGAACGGUUACAUAGGGCGAAGCGGCGGAUCCGGAAUCUCGUGAUAAAAUGCAAUGCCCUUGUUGAGAUGGAGAAGGAGCGGGAUUCCCUGCGCCGGAGACUUGAGUCGUUCCAAGCCAAGCGUGAGACUCGCAACAUGGAUCCUUCGGAAGAAGGCAAGGAUAAGGGAGGGAUGGCUGUUGCUAAGGCUAUGGAAGGGAAAAGCUUUGUGCUGAAAUCUGCUUCUGCCGCGGCUCUUCCUGCUUCGGGUAUUGCACUAGAAGAAACUGAUGACAUCAACCACGGCUCAACAGUGGAGACAGGUCUCACUACUCAUAGCACUUCGGCUCUGCUGGAUGCUCACCCUGAAAGUGACUGGGCUAAGAAGUAUGAAGGACUUAAAACGCAGAGGGAUAAACUGUACAAGGCAUACAAAGCGCAGAAGGUGCAGAUCGCGAACCUAGAGGAAGAGGAGGAAACCACCAAGGAAAGGCUAGAAAAACUUGAGCAACUUUAUCAGGAGACUAAGGAGGAGCUCGAGAUUGCCACAAGACCACCUACUCAGCACAACGAAGCCGAACCCGCUGGUCUGUUGUCGUGGUUCGGUGGUGGAGGACAAGAUAGCAAGAGUCCUGAGGAACAGAAGCUUCAGGCGAGAUUAGGUCUUCUACAGAGGAGGCUGCAGAAGGCGACGGCGGAAAACGAAGCGCUUAGGAGUGAGCUGUCUCGGCUUCGCGCGCCUUUUACAGAGUCUCUUCGUGGUGCCAAGACGAGGGAAGGUGAAGUGGCGGUUGACAAGCCACAGGAAAGCGCGUCCCAGCGUCCAGAUCAUGACGCAGCUGGAGGAGGAACUUCGAAUAGGCAUUUGGAGGAGGGUCCUGCAGCGGGGUCCUCUGGCCUUUCAGUGGAUAUAAAGGAUGCCAGGAUGCGUCUUGCUGAGUUCCAGAGGCAAAUUGAGCAGAAGUGCCUUCUGAUAGAGGAACAGAAAGCUGAAAUCGCCAAGCUGAAGGCUGGUGGUCCUGUUUCCGCCGACAUAGCUGCUGAGUUAAGGAAGCGGGAAGAGGACCUCAAGGCGAAAACUGCACAGUUAGAGGAGGUUAGAAAAGAGUCUCUUGAGAAGGACAAAAUAAUAAAGGAAAAGACGCAAGAAGUGGAGACGCUAAGGGCUAAGCUGGAAACGCUACAAAAGGAGAAAAUGGACGCAAUUAAGGACAGCGUCGCCCUGAAGAAAGAGCUUGAGAAGCUGCAGAAGGAGUUAGAGGCUCUUAAGAAGGGAGGCUCGGCUUCUCAAGUCUCUCCUCGGCAAAAGAUGGUGACAGCAGCUGAGGAGUCGGCUGCUGUCGCUGGUAAAGCUCCAAAAAGAACUAUGAGCUUGACAAAACGAAAGCCAGGGCUCCCGCCUCCUGCUCCGAAGGCUGACCGACCAGAUCCACCAGCAGCGGCUGCUAGCGGGACCAGCGAGGAGAAGAAGGAAGUUCCUAACCUUGAGCCGAAUGAUACAGAGGAGGGGAAAUCUGCAACGUCGCACAAGGAAGAACCAGGAAAGCGGCCGGAGGGUGAAUUUGACAAACUGAAUGAAACUCCAGAGGGGGACAAACGACAGAAGGAGAAGAAAUCGAAGAUCUCUGGAGCUGCCACCAACAGUCAGAGCGAAUCAAAGCGUGGGAAGUCUCCUAGGGAGGAGGCGAAAAGCACUAAGAAAAAAAAGAAGACGAGAAAGAAGGACGCUUCGUCAGACGAGAGGUCCAUCCCGCAUUCCGAGGCAGAGAGUGCUGCCAACGAAGCAGAUGCAAACGGAACAGCUACAGCACCGACUACGAGCGGUGGGUGGGGAUUCAGUUUGUUUGGAAAUAGUGAAAGAACUUCUCCUGAUGCUUCCAAGGACACCUCACAGCCGACGACGUCCAGCGCGCCUCGUCCAUCUUUACUCGAGCUAAUUGUAGGCACUGAGACUCCGGUAGAAGCCUCGAAAGACAGCGAUGUUCCGCCGUUGAAACUUUCGACUGUGGACGGAGCGGACGACCAGAGUAAUGACUCAUCAAGUGACGAUGAAGAGACUGACGGCGGCAUCGCCAGCACUGUAGCCGGCUUCUUUUGGGGAUUUUGA